ACGCGACUGGUUCGAAACCAAGCGAGGGAAACAAACUCCUCCACUGUGACCUUCACACUAUGCCUCUCUGUGUGCUGUCGGAGGGGGCGGGGUCACAAACCCAGAUUCCAGCCUCCCUGAGCAGGAUUCACAUCCCACUCAUCAGCACUACCACAGACUGUUCCAACAAAGUAGUGAAGGGGAAAGUGGUUCAUAAAGGCCCGCUGGUGUCGUUAGCAGCUGAUGACUUCAAACUGAAGACUGUAAUUCAAGAAGAAGAAGAUACAUCACUGAAUGCUUCAUCUCAGAGUCUGUCCAUCAACAUCAUCCUGUUUGGAGCUCUUGCCAAGGACUUCUCUAAAACUGUCAAACUGGGGGAUGUGGUCUUGGCCUCUGGCUUCGCUGUGAGCAAAUCACCCACAGUUAAUAAAGACAAGCUGCACCCAUGUAACCUGCUGCUGUCAGGAGAUGACGCCUGCAUUUACGUGUCUCGUCUGCCGCCCGCUGACGUCAGAUCGCUGCUGGCCGUCAGGAGGACCUCUGCACAGUCUGCCGAGGUUUCCAGGACAAAAAAAGCUCCGAAAUACACAUAUGUUCGACUGGACGACCUGAAGCCUAACACUACAGUUAAUGUGUAUGGAGUUGUGGUUUUCUUCAAACAACCAUACAUGAGUCGUGGAACAGAUUUCUGCUCUAAUAUGAAGAUCACUGAUCAGUCCAACCAGAAGAUCGUCUGUAAUAUCUUCCUUGAAAAACUAGAUGAUCACCCUAAAAUCUUCCAAAUCGGAGACAUCGUCCGCAUGCACCGAGUCAAGGUUAAAUUACAUGAAGGGUCCCUCACGCUGGUCAAGACCUUUGGGUUUUCUGUGGUGACGUUUGACGGGACAGAGGGCAAACCUGUGGAACCGCGGACCUCCAGCCGCUCAUUCCACUUCGACCAGGAUGACCAUCGAACGGUGGAGGAGCUGCGAUCGUGGGCUGCCACCCAGGCACUUCUCCCCCCAACUCCUGUGAUCCCUCUGUCUGCUGCUCAGCCCAAAUCUUACUUUGACCUGACCUGUCAGCUGUUGGCCAAAGCCCCCGUUGACUCCACUUGUUUCCUCCUGAGGGUGUGGGAUGGGACCAGGUCUCCUCACACGCUGAAUGUGAUUGUGGACCCGAACGCCACAGAAGGACCAUCGUCCUUCUCCCCGGAGAGGGAGAGGCUCAUCGCCAAUGUCCUCGUUUACGACAACCACGUUGAGUACGCCCGGCAUCUGAAGAUCGGGGACUUUCUGAGGAUCUACAACCUGCGAGCCAUCCCAGGAUCCAGUAAAGUUUCUGACAUUACCAGCAGUGAGUCGGACCAAGUGGACCAACUGGCUUUUCACCUGCAUGGAGGGACAACUUACGGCCGAGGGAUUAGAGUUCUUCCUGAAAACAGCCCUGAUGUGCAGAAGCUCAAGAGAGUCCUUGAGGCUUUCAAGGAGGAGGAGGAGAAGAGCCUGAAUGACUCUGAGAUAUUAGAGGUUUGGUGCACUCCACCUGAGUCUCCAGAUCGUGUUUCUGUUUCAGCUGACUGCACUACAGCAGAGAGAACCUGCAGUCAUGAUGUUCAGACGCUGACUCUGGCUGAGGUGAAGCGGUCUGAUCCGGGUCAAGUUCACCACGUCAGAGUCCAGCUGCGAUCGUACGAACCACAAAAACUUCACCAGGCUCUGAAACUUUACUGCAGCAAAUGCUCAUCCAUGCAGGACAUCCCAGAUGAUGACCUGCUGACAGGUGUGUUCUCUGAGGCGUCUGUGGACAGUGGGCCCUGCAGUCCUCCACAGUGGGCGCUCUCUGGACAGGUGGACCUCCCUGCAGACAGUCCAGGAUCCACCAUCAGACCUCUGACUGUCCACCUGUCCACACAGCUCCUGUCUGAGGGCAAAACCAGGCAACUCCUCUUCCUUAUGGGUGCGACUCUGGAGGAAGUGAAGUCGCUAUCAUUUGGUUACCUGACCAUCGUUCCUGUGAGGUCAUCAGGAGGUCACCUGACCCUGCUGGACCUGUCUGCACCGUUCCUUUUCAGAGGCAGGAGGAGAUACUAUGGGUGUAAACGGUGCUCGAAGGCUGUGAUGAGGGAGCCGAGUGCUGAAGGAGUAGAGGUGGUCAAUGAGAAGAUCAUCGCAGAGGCCCUCGGCGUUCAGCUGCUGCAGUUCGUCCUGUUGAUGAAGCUCAAACUGCAGGACGACACCGAUACACUGGACGUCUUACUGUGGAGAGACGCUGAGUUGUUCUUUAACGUGUUGGCAGAGGACGUAGCAGUCAAUCAGGAGGCUCAGAACAUUGUCUGUCAAACCAUGGACUCCCUCUGUCCACUGGGGGGCAGCAUAGGUGAGCGCCCGUGGCUCGACAUGUGCCUGACAGCGUACCAAGCCCAGGACGACGCAGGGAAAAACACAACAUUCUACCAGAUCUGCAACACCGCCAUGGCCAAACCCCAGUCUGCAGCGUAUGAACCGGCAUGACAUAAAGGGAGGUCAGAGGUCACAAGAAUCCUGAGGCAUGACUUAUUAUUUGUAAAUUAUUUUAAUUUAAUGUGGUCAGUUUUUUAAUAGUUUUUAUUUGUAUUGACUGUGUGAAACAAAUUUAAUGUACAUAAAGUGUAAAAAUAUUUAGACAGCUUAUGGCAUUUUUAACCUUGUUACUGUUUUCUCUUUUUCUUUGUCAAAAUAAAAUUUAAGCCUGGAAAUAUUUUUGAUUCUGGAAGA